UGCGCCAUCUCUCUCUAAGUGUUAUAAAUUUUCAAAUAUGGAAUCAUCGACAAUUAGUAGAAUAUACGAUUUUAUAUUAUAUAUAUGGGAUCUUUGGAGUGUGGUGUCUUGGUGUUGAAAUGAUAUAUAAUUUCAUAAUUGCAUUCAUUAGGCACACCAUUUGAUUAAAUAACCUAAUUUCUUCCUCUUAUGUAAGAGUUUUCCCUGAUUUUCUUUGUUAAAACCAUAUCUCCAGAUCUUAGGUUAAUGCCAAUGGAGGUGGUUUUGGAUAAAAAAGACGACGCUACUCAAUGGACUUACAGAGGCGAAGGCGCCAUUAACCUUGUCCUUGCUUAUUCCGGAUCUUCUCCUGCCUUUAUUGGAAAAGUUUUGCGGAUACAGAAGGUUGCAAGGAACGAAUCGAAGCCUGGCAAGAGCCUCACGGCUUUAACCUCACAUGAGCUCCUUGUGUGGAAGGAGACGGAGGACCUUGCAUUGUCAGCAACCAGAGAACUCGCCGGAGACUUGUUUCUGGAGCACGUAAUAAGCCCUUUACUGGGUUCCAAAUAUGUAGAUGUUGGGAAGCGCGUUACGGUUUCAAGGGAAUUUCUUGAGUCGGUUGAGAAAAAUGUUUUGUCUCAGCGUCCUGCUUGGAGAGUUCAUGGUGCCAAAGUCGAUACACGUUGUGAUUCUGUGCUUCUACUAUCUGAUCACUCUGUAUUUCCGAGUGAUGGUAUCCAUGAAGGUGAACCCUGCUUAUGUGUUGAGAUAAAGCCCAAAUGUGGAUUCCUUCCAAUCUCAGAAUUUAUCGGUGAAGAAGGGAACUGCAUCAAACGAAGUGUAUCUCGUUAUAUAAUGCACCAGGCCCUCAAGUUGCAUGGAGGUGAGAUUUCCUCAUUUAGUGAAUAUGACCCCCUUGACUUGUUCUCGGGAGUGCCGGCCAGAAUACAUAAAUCUAUCAAAGAUCUCUACUCCUCUCCUCAGAACAAUUUUCGUGUAUUUUUAGAUGGUUCUCUAAUAUUUGGGGUCUUGGGUGGUAUUGCUGACUGCACAAAUUCUAUCACUCGAGAAGCAUUUGAAGAUGCACUCAAAGAUGUCAUUCAAGGGGAUCAUGGUAAGCGUACAGAGUGUUUUUUACAGCUUAUUGCUGAGACAAUUUAUACAUCCGGAGUAAUGGAUAGGCUUAUAGAACUUCAAAAGCUUGAUAAUCUUGACAUAGAGGGGGCAAUUCAUGCAUAUUAUAAUAUUAUUUCUGAGCCUUGCAAAGUAUGCAGAGAAUUGGGGGAGGAAGAGAAAGUUUCGAACAGGUAUACGACCUUGCAUUCCAUUUCUUUAGUCGAAAGCUUGAAGAUAGUAAAUAACUUUUUGAUAGCUACAACAGCGAAGGACUGCAGUUUGAUGAUGAGUUUUAAACUGAGGAAAGAAGGUGUCUCAGAAUCUUUGUAUGACUGUGUGUACCUGAAAUCAACCCAUCAAACUUUUGAUUAUAAGGUAUGUUUCAUUGACCUGGAUUUGAAACCUUUCGAAAAGAUGCAAGAAUAUUAUGAAAAAGACAAGAAAAUUGUAAGCUGCUACACGCAGAUGGUGAAAUCAGUGCAAGAGGUGGAUAAAAAUUAAGAGUUUGGAUGUUUUAUGGAAAUGUGUUCUGAUUUUUAAUACAAUGACAUUGAUCAUAUUACUGAAGAUCUUACGGCAAUUUUAACUAUUCAUUGUUGUUGUAAUUGUGAUGAGACUUGGAAGGAAAUGUAUUUCUGUGACCCAGUUUGUUCCCCUCUUCUUUCAGGGGUUGAUGGGUAAUAGCUGAAUGUCCUUUGUUGAUGUAAAUGUUUAAACUAUUUUAUAGUUACUUUACUCGAGUUAUGAGCCUAAAAUAUAAAAGAAACUCACUCCUUGUUUUGCCACUUUAACAUUCUUGGGGUGGCUUCAAGGGGCAUGUCUGUA